CCUCUGGGUUACGUCACAGGGUAAGGGAUGACGUCACAAUGGCGUGUUAUGUCACCGCGGACACAAGGGUGGACGAGAGUGCCCCGACACGACGACGUGAAGGCACAGGAGUUCCAUGGAGGCUGGACUCUCCCUUCCAAAUGCGGGGCCCUGCUCACAAGCGCUUCCUUGGCCACAGCAUCUUGCCCUCGCCGGCCGGGAGCCGGCGAAGGCGGAGCCGGGACUGAACCCGGGCAGGCCAGAGAUGGGCGGAGCCUCCUGCCGCCUCGCCAGGCUGUGCCCGCCCCGCAUCCCACACUGCCCUGCGACAGGAAGGCGGAGCCGCGUUUUCCGGAACUUCCUCCGCCACUCCGACCGUUGCUGUGUCGGGCUGGUGGCGUUUUAGCGUCUUUGCUUGUGAUGGCCGCAGCUGUCGCUAUGGAGACAGAUGAUGCUGGAAAUCGACUUCGGUUUCAGUUGGAGUUGGAAUUUGUGCAAUGUUUAGCCAACCCAAAUUACCUUAAUUUUCUUGCCCAGAGAGGUUACUUCAAAGACAAAGCUUUUGUUAAUUAUCUUAAGUACUUGCUUUACUGGAAAGAACCAGAAUAUGCCAAGUAUCUAAAGUACCCUCAGUGUUUACACAUGUUAGAACUGCUCCAAUAUGAACACUUCCGCAAGGAGCUGGUGAAUGCUCAAUGUGCGAAAUUUAUUGAUGAGCAGCAAAUUCUGCACUGGCAGCACUAUUCCCGGAAGCGGAUGCGCCUUCAGCAAGCCCUGGCAGAGCAGCAACAGCAAAAUAACACAUCAGGAAAAUGAAAAGCUGGAUCCAGACCAGACUCUUAAGACAUGUAUAUAUUGCUUUUGUACAGUGAAGACAAAAAGACUUCUACCUACCUUUAUUGUGGCAGCAGCUAAAACCUUUAGUGUGCUAUUUAAUCCAACUAACUUUUUAUUGUUAAUAGAUUACUGCUGUUGAACCAAAA